GUCACAGUGUAGCUCCGCAGUGCUGCUGUUUGACCGGAUAAAGCACCGGGAGCUGCGGGAAGGAUCUCUAUUUCUCUACUUUUCUCCUCCUCCUCUUCUUCCUCCUCUUCUCCUCUCUCUCUCUCUCUCUCUCUCUCUCGCUCUCUCUCUCUCUUCUGGCCUCCAUGCGGGUUUCUCUGUCCCGCUCCGCCGCACACACCGGGCCUUCCUGUAGCCGCCGCCCCGGCCUGCCUCUCCCUCCGGCCGGCGGAGCCUCCCAGCUGAGCCCCGCUGAGGUGGCCUGUUGCCGGGGAGAGAUGCUCCUCCCGGACUGAGGGCAGGAAGAUGUCCGGCAGGAUGCCUCUGACCCCGGUCAGCGAGAGGGACCCGGAGCAGCCAAAGUCCUCCGACGGCCUCCCAGAUCCACCGGCCCCGCCCACAAAAUCAGCAAGUCGUCACAAUAUGCCGCCAUGUCGCAGCUCCGUGUCGUCCUCCGCAGACGAGCAGCCACACGUCGGAAACUACAGACUGAUGAAAACCAUCGGAAAGGGAAACUUCGCCAAAGUCAAACUGGCCCGACACACUCUGACCGGCCGAGAGGUCGCCAUCAAGAUCAUUGACAAAACUCAGCUGAACCCCACCAGCCUGCAGAAGCUCUUCAGGGAGGUCAGUGUGAUGAAGACCCUCAACCACCCAAAUAUAGUGAAGCUGUUUGAGGUGAUUGAGACGGAGAAGACACUUUACCUGGUGAUGGAGUACGCCAGCGGAGGUGAAGUCUUUGACUACCUGGUCGCUCACGGUCGCAUGAAGGAGAAGGAGGCCCGAGCGAAGUUUCGCCAGAUUGUGUCAGCAGUGGAGUACUGUCACCAGAAGAGGAUUGUACAUCGAGACUUGAAGGCCGAGAACCUGCUGCUGGACGCCGACAUGAACAUCAAAAUCGCCGACUUCGGCUUCAGUAACGAGUUCACGCCGGGCAGCAAGCUGGACACGUUCUGUGGAUCUCCUCCUUACGCCGCUCCUGAACUCUUCCAGGGGAAGAAGUACGACGGGCCUGAGGUGGACGUCUGGAGUCUGGGAGUGAUUCUGUACACGCUGGUCAGCGGCUCGCUGCCUUUUGACGGACAGAACCUGAAGGAGCUGAGGGAGCGUGUUCUCAGAGGAAAGUACCGGAUCCCGUUCUACAUGUCCACAGACUGUGAGAACCUGCUGAAGAAGCUGCUGGUGUUAAACCCGGGGAAACGUGGCAGCCUGCAGCAAAUCAUGAAGGACCGCUGGAUGAACGUGAGCUACGAGGAGAAGGAGCUGAAGUCGUACAUCGAACCAGAACAAGACUUCAACGACCUGCAACGGAUCGAGGUCAUGGGGACGAUGGGUUUCCCUCACGACGAGGUGAAGAAGGCGUUGGAGGGUCAGAAAUACAACGAGGUGACGGCGGUGUACCUGCUGCUGGGGAGCAAAGCGGCCGAGUGUGAGGGCAGCGAGUCCAGCACCAACCUGGUUCAAAGGACACGACCCAACAGUGAACUCAACGGCUCGGGUCAGUCCCCUGCCCACUCUCGCAACGUCACAACCAAUCAGAAGCAGCGGCGUUUCAGCGACCACGUGGCGCCCUCUAUCCCCCCACCUGUCUCCUACACCAAGCGUUGUCAUGCCAACAGCGUGGAGAGCGACAGGAAGGAGGAGCCGGCGUCACCUGUGGGAGCUCCAGACCGCAGGAGGUCAGCCACAGCCUCAGGGAGCAUAACUCGCAGGAACACGUAUGUCAACGACCGGAUGAGUACUGAACGCCACUUGGCGGCCGUUCACAACGGGAAGGACGGCAGUCUACCUGAGGUACCUGCAGCGUCCCCCUCCCCAUCGCCAGGGGCAACGGUGACCUCCACACGGCCCCGCCAUGUCAAGUCCAUGUCGGCGUCGGGACAUCCCAUGAAGUCCUGUCUGCCCCCCAUCGACGACAACGUAGAAUAUCAGAGCCCCCCCCAGCAGCCCCCGUCCUCGCCGUCAGCCUUCAGCAUCACCAGCAGCAGCACCACGCCGGACCGGACCCGCUUCCCCCGAGGCUCCUCCAGCCGCUCCACCUUCCAUGGCGCUCAGCUCCGAGACCGACGACCCGCCACCUAUAACGGCCCGCCUGCCUCGCCCAGCCUGUCGCAGCACGCCGCCUCGCCACGCCGCGGAACCUCAAACUCCCUGAUAGGGAAGAUCACCUCCAAGUUCGUACGAAGGAGUUUCUCAGGUGAGCCCAAAGAGGAGGGGCGGGAGUCCAAGCCUCGCGCCCUGCGCUUCACCUGGAGCAUGAAGACCACGUCGUCCAUGGAGCCGGGCGACAUGAUGAAGGAGAUCCGGAGGGUUCUGGACGCCAACAACUGUGACUACGAGCAGCGAGAGCGCUACUCGCUGUUCUGCGUGCACGGCGACGCCCGGCAGGACAGUCUGGUCCAAUGGGAGAUGGAGGUGUGCAAGCUGCCGCGCCUCUCGCUCAACGGCGUGCGCUUCAAAAGGAUCUCGGGCACGUCGAUCGCCUUCAAAAACAUCGCCUCCAAAGUGGCCAACGAGCUCCGGCUGUGAGCGAGCCCGGUUCUUCGUUAGUGAACACUGAGAAACACACCUUCAUAUAGUCCACUCACUAUUUAAUGUUAGCACUAAGUGUUUGAAACCAAAUCCAUGAAGACCUGAAGACGUCCUCAGCGAGUCCGCCUGAAGACGUCCUCAGCGAGUCCGCCUGAAGUCGUCCUCAGCGAGUCCACCUGAUGGCGUCCUCAGCGAGUCCACUUGAUGGUGUCCUCAGCGGGUCCGCCUGAAGACGUCCUCAGCGAGUCCGCCUGAAGACGUCCUCAGCGAGUCCACCUGAUGGCGUCCUCAGCGAGUCCGCCUGAAGACGUCCUCAGCGAGUCCGCCUGAAGUCGUCCUCAGCGAGUCCGCCUGAUGGCGUCCUCAGCGAGUCCACCUGAUGGCGUCCUCAGCGAGUCCGCCUGAAGACGUCCUCAGCGAGUCCGCCUGAAGUCGUCCUCAGCGAGUCCGCCUGAAGUCGUCCUCAGCGAGUCCACUUGAUGGUGUCCUCAGCAGGUCCGCCUGAAGACGUCCUCAGCGAGUCCGCCUGAAGGCGUCCUCAGCGAGUCCGCCUGAAGACGUCCUCAGCGAGUCCGCCUGAAGACGUCCUCAGCGAGUCCGCCUGAAGUCGUCUGAAGCGAGUCCACCUGAUGGCGUCCUCAGCGAGUCCGCCUGAAGACGUCCUCAGCGAGUCCGCCUGAAGACGUCCUCAGCGAGUCCGCCUGAAGUCGUCCUCAGCGAGUCCGCCUGAAGUCGUCUGAAGCGAGUCCACCUGAUGGCGUCCUCAGCGAGUCCGCCUGAAGUCGUCCUCAGUGAGUCCACCUGAUGGCGUCUGAAGCGAGUCCGCCUGAAGACGUCCUCAGCGAGUCCACCUGAUGGCGUCUGAAGCGAGUCCGCCUGAAGACGUCCUCAGCGAGUCCACCUGAUGGCGUCUGAAGCGAGUCCGCCUGAAGACGUCCUCAGCGAGUCCACCUGAUGCCGUCUGAAGCGCCGAGUCGACACGUUGUUCCGUCUGUUUAUGUUUAGAUGCACAGAGCGUUCGAGCACCUUGGAGACGUAAACGUCCUCCUCAGGUCACAGGUCAGAGGUUACAGGGACCUGAAGAGUCUUUGAUCUGAGCAGGAAGUGAACGAUGCCGGAUGAGGACCAGCCUGCAUGUAAUCUGGACGUUAGACUUCUCUUGUUGCCGUGCAUGCUAACGCCUUAACACUGACCUGAUUCUGGAGUGUAAACAAACAUCUGAACGUUUCCUCUGCUCGACCAGCUGGCUCAUCCUGAGCCUCAUCCUGGGCCUCAUCCUGGGCCUCAUCCUGGGCCUCAUCCUGAGCCUCAUCCUGGUUUAGAUCAUAUUCAGGAUCAGGUGUUUACCUGGUUAUUCACAGUCCUAGUGUUCCGCACGUUGCACAGUUUACAGUCGAGGCGCUGACUCAUGAUGAGUCAGAGACGACAUCAUCAUCCACAGACUGUAUAUGAGAAGUGGACGUAGCCACCGUGACGUCACCAACUGAUUUAUAGAAAACCGUUUGAAGCCUCUAAUGUGGAACUUUUGGCUGCCGCCAUCUUGGUUUUCUAGAGCCGGGUGGAUCCAUACUUGAGAGUGAAGCAUCGGAUUAACAAACUCUAAAUGAUGGGCUAGCUAGCGCCAGCUGCGUUAGCGAGGUGUAAUACUUGGCGUGUUGCUAAUGUUGGCGAGCUAGUGACGGUCUUUAUACUCAAUGAGAAGUCAGAAUAAAAAGUACUGCAGGUUUAUGACACUAAGGUGAAGGAGUCCGGAGGCUCCGCCCACUUCUUUCACACAGUCUGUGUUCGGAUCACUUCGGGAGAGCGAUGCCUGUGACCUGUGACCUCCCUCCUGCUCCCCCUGCUGGCUGACGUGAGCUCAUGAGCACUCCUGGUGGCUGGAACAUGAACUGUAAGGCUGACUCUACUCGUGGUUAUUACUACCUGUCCAGGUGAACAUGUGCAGGCACAGUAUUGAGAUGUAUACAUUUUUUAUGUCAUGUCUUUUUUUUAACAUGUUUCAAUCUCGAAUGCUUCCGGGAAAGUUUCAGACGGUUGUUUUCCAUCCACACUUCAAACACUAGUCUGCUGAUUUCUCAUGUUUCUUUAAACCGUUUGAGCUCGCACCUUUUACUGAAGCUCGACACCGCCUGAACGCCUGCUGGCCCACCAUAGAGCUCUAUGGCAGACAGGUCAUUCAGUGUUUAUAAGAAGAGAAAUAAAUCAAAUCAGCAGAA